UGGCCUUUAAAACGAUGACAUUGUCGGCCCUGCAAUGAAAUCCCCAACGCUCAAACACCACCAAGCCACCUACGGAUAGAGAGAGAGAGAGUGGGGAACUUAGCAAAAGCAGAGAGCUUCCUCUGCAACCCACGCCCACGCCCACGCCCACGCCGGUGACACUAUGGAGACGAAGUAGAGAGAUGAGAUACCAGCACCCAAGAUCGUCGCCAAUGUAGGAGGAGGGAUCCACGAAGGUGUUGCUGUCCACCCCGUGGUGAGGUUAGCAAAGAAAUGCCCUUAACCUCCUCUUCUCAGACACCUCAAAGACAAUCACGGCUUGGACUAAAAAACUUUUCAAAGACUUCAUCGGGGUCAUCUUUUUCAUCACGGGUCUUCAAUCAUGGGUCGUGAUUCUAGUCAAAAAAUUUUCCUUUUGAAGAGUUAUUGAUUUUUCAAAAAUUUGUCAGUUUGUUGUUUUGGUCUCUCUCUCUCUCUCUCUCUCUCAGUUUUGGGUGCUGUUUUGCUGUGAUUUGAAAGGAAAUUUGUUUGUUUAGAGUUUACCUCAAAAAAGUUUCGGUAACUCGGAUGAUUCGCCCGAGUGAACUCGGUAUCUCGACCGAAUCAACUGAGUUUAACCGAUUCCUGGCCGAAGAUGGUAUCGGGUAUCGGACUCGGCGCGGAACCAUGCAGCAUUGACUAUCAUGGUUGGGAAAUUAUUCAGUUUUUGCCUUUAGAGGGGUGAGAAUCACUCUGUGCUGGAGAUCACCAUUUACAAGAAGGUUUGCAUUAAAGGGUACCUGGAUAAGUGUUCAGUUAAACCUAGCAUUCCUCUUCUGAUCCAAAAGAAAAUGGCAUCAACCACCUCAGAUUCAACAACAAUGAGAUAUGCAGUUGUAACUGGAGCAAGUAAAGGAAUUGGACUAGAGAUAUGCAGACAGUUAGCUUCUAAUGGAGUCAUGGUGGUAUUAACAGCUAGAGAUGAGAAGAGGGGUCUUGAAGCUGUGGCAAAGCUUCACGAAUCUAGCCUGUCUAAUGUAGUUUUUCAUCAGCUUGAUGUGAUGGAUGCCAAUAGUAUCACUUCCUUGGCAACAUUCAUUGUGACCCGUUAUGGGAAGCUCGAUAUUUUAGUUAAUAAUGCAGGGGUUACUGGAGCUAUUGUCGACUGGGAAUCAAUUGGGACAGCAAUUAAGACCUUAAAGCCUGAGGAUGGUAAGAAUAAUGCUGAUCUAGCUGAAUUGUUGCAUAAAGGCAUGAAGCAAACUUAUGAGUUGGCAGAAGAAUGUGUAAAAACAAACUACUAUGGCACCAAAGGAGUGACUGAGGCCCUUUUUCCAUGCCUUCUGCUAUCAAAUUCAGGAAGAAUUGUGAAUGUGUCUUCAGGUCUUGGAAGCCUUAAGUUUGUCUCCAAUGAAAGGGUCAGAAUGGAGCUAAAUGAUGUUGAUGUACUCUCAGUAGAGAGAUUAGAUGAGAUAGUGAAUGAAUUCCUCAAUGAUGUUAAGGAGAACACGUUACAUGACAAAGGCUGGCCUACUCAGACAUCUGCAUAUACAAUCUCCAAAGCAGCCAUGAAUGCUUACACAAGGAUUGUUGCCAAAUCAUACCCAAGUCUCCUCAUAAAUUGUGUCUGUCCUGGUUUCAUCAAAACCGAUAUGACUUCCAACACUGGUUUCUUUACUGUUGAAGUGGGUGCCAAAGGCCCUGUUAUGUUGGCUUUGCUUCCAGUGGGAGGACCUUCUGGCCUCUUUUUCCAAAAGAUGGAGGCAUCAACCUUUUGAUAAGUCAGUUAAGAAUGAGUUGGUUUUCUGCUUUAUGUAUUUCCUAUGGUUGUAUUUGUAAGGUUAUCCAACUUUUCCUAUGCUUUGCUGAGACAAUUGGGUGAUAGAUGUGAAGUUUCUCUCGUAUUCGGUGUUAUAAUUAUGAACUUUAGCUCUGUUUGUGACAAUUGAUAAUAUUUUUAUAAGUAGGAACUAGGAAAAACCAGUCUCAUUCUUA